AUGCUGGAAACGAUCUCGAUCACUGUCUGUGGUGAUGGCGGUACUGGAAAGAGCUCUAUAUCACUUCGUCUUGUCCGCAGCAAGUGGACCCACGAAUAUGAUCCCACCGUACAAGACAGCUACAGUGUGACCCGGGCCGUCGAUGGCCGCGAGUACCAAUUAUCGCUGACGGACACGGCCGGACAAGAGGAGUACCGCGGACUAUGGGCACAGCAGAACCUUGCGGCGGACGCGUACCUACUUGUAUACGACAUCACGAACCAUGACUCGUUGUUGCAGCUCGACUACUUCAACGACAUCAUCGAGAUGGAAUCGGAGGAGCGGAUGCUGCAGCCGGGCGCCGUUCCGCACGUGAAGAUUGUUGCGGGCAAUAAAUGCGACCUUGCAAACUCGAGGCAGGUUUCAUCGCAGGAAGGACUCGCGUGGGCCAGGAGUCAUGAUUGCGGGUUUAUGGAGACAUCUGCGCGCAACGUUGUUAAUGUUGAGGAGACCUUUGCUCUGCUAGUACGCCGCGUCGUGGCCGCACGAGAGGCUGCCAGGAACGGCACCGCUGCGGUCAAUUCUGGGCGGGGGCAGCAAUCAAUGGCCGCCAAUGGCGAGAAUCCCAACAAUAACAUGAACGAGAAGGAACGCGGCACGAACACUCCGAAACCUGGGGAAGCUGGAUCUGCUUCUGGUGCCUCGAAAAAGAAGUUUGGAUGUUGUGUCAUCUGUUGA